AGUGCGCAGGCGCGAGCGGUCCCGGGGCCCCUGAUGCGCGCGGCGCGGUUGAAGGCUGAGUGAGUUGCUGAGGAGACCCGGCGACUACUUCUGUCUCCACCAUGGCAGCUCUCCGUUACGCGGGCCUGGAUGACACGGACAGCGAGGAUGAGCUGCCUCCGGGCUGGGAGGAGAGAACCACCAAGGACGGCUGGGUGUACUACGCCAACCACACGGAGGAAAAGACCCAGUGGGAACAUCCGAAAACCGGCAAAAGAAAACGAGUUGCAGGAGAUUUGCCAUAUGGAUGGGAACAAGAGACUGACGAGAAUGGACAAGUGUUUUUUGUUGACCACAUAAAUAAAAGAACUACCUACUUGGACCCAAGAUUGGCAUUUACUGUGGAUGAUAAUCCAACAAAGCCAACCACCAGACAGAGAUAUGAUGGUAGCACCACCGCCAUGGAGAUCCUGCAGGGCCGGGACUUCACAGGAAAGGUGGUCCUGGUUACCGGAGCGAAUUCAGGAAUAGGGUUCGAAACCGCCAAGUCCUUUGCCCUCCAUGGUGCGCACGUGAUCUUGGCCUGUAGAAACAUGAGCAGAGCCAAUGAGGCAGUGUCCCGCAUUCUGGAAGAAUGGCACAAAGCCAAGGUAGAAGCAAUGACCCUGGACCUGGCUGUGCUCCGUAGCGUGCAGCAUUUUGCUGAAGCGUUCAAGGCCAAGAAUGUAUCUCUUCAUGUGCUUGUGUGUAAUGCGGGGACUUUUGCUCUACCCUGGAGCCUCACGAAAGAUGGCCUCGAGACGACCUUCCAGGUGAACCACCUGGGACACUUCUACCUUGUCCAACUCCUGCAGGAUGUUUUAUGUCGCUCAGUCCCUGCCCGUGUCAUCGUGGUCUCUUCUGAGUCCCACAGAUUUACAGAUAUUAAUGAUUCCUCAGGGAAACUUGACCUCAGCCGCCUGUCUCCGUCGCAGAGUGACUACUGGGCCAUGCUGGCUUACAACAGAUCCAAGCUCUGUAAUCUCCUCUUCUCCAAUGAGCUGCACCGUCGCCUCUCCCCCCGAGGGGUCACAUCGAAUGCAGUGCACCCUGGAAACAUGAUGUACUCAUCCCUCCAUCGAAACUCAUGGGUGUACACGCUGCUGUUCACCUUGGCCAGGCCAUUCACCAAGUCCAUGGUCGAUAGGAGGUUAGCCAAGCACGGAGCUGCCUUUGCUGAGACUUUACAGUAG